CACUUUUGACGCACCUGGCAUGUGCCAACGAUAAACACGAUGCCCUAGUUCCAUAAUAUUUAAUUUUCCUCUCUCUCUCACUGUCUCACAUCACUUUAUUAUAUAUUCAUACACUCACCCACCAAUAUAGUGAAAUAACACUUGAGACUACACAAAUCAACAAGAUAAGAUGGCUCAGAACGAUACAGUGAAGCUGAUAGGUUCUUGGUCGAGUCCUUUUGCCCUUAGGGCUCGAGUGGCUCUACACUUGAAAUCUGUCAAGUACGAGUACUUGGACGAACCAGAUGUUCUCAAAUCAAAGAGCGAACUCCUUCUCAAGUCAAAUCCCAUAUUCAAGAAAGUCCCUGUUCUCAUCCAUGGCGAUGUUUCCAUCUGUGAGUCACUCAACAUCGUUCAGUACGUCGAUGAAGCUUGGUCCUCCGGUCCUUCCAUCCUUCCUUCUCAUCCGUACGAUCGUGCCAACGCUCGGUUCUGGGCUCUGUAUGUCGACGACAAGAUGUUUGCAUCGUUUGAUGCGGUGGGCGGAGCAAAAGACGACGAAGGGAGGAUGGCGGCGGCGGGAAAGCUGAUGGAGUGUUUGGCAACACUUGAAGAGGCGUUUCAGAAGAGCAGCAAAGGAUUAGGGUUCUUCGGAGGAGAAAACAUCGGCUUCCUCGACCUUGCUUGUGGGACCAUUUUGGGUCCAGUCUCUGUGAUCGAGGCGUUUUCCGGCAUCAAGUUUCUCCGGCAAGAAACAACACCUGGCUUGGUCCAAUGGGCCGAAAAGUUUAGGGCCCAUGAAGCUGUCAAGCCUUACAUGCCUACCGUCGAAGAGUUCAUUGCAUUCGCAAAGAAGAAGUUUAAUGUUGAGUGAUUUGCUUCUUGUAUAAGCAAUGUGUGGAAAAAGGAUGCGUGAAUGAAUGAUGUUUAUCGUCUUUGAUAUUUUUUUUUAAAAAAAGUUCUCUCUCCCAGUAAAAUCAUAUGCCACUUGAGUAUUCCUGCUUCCUUUUAUCUCGUGUGAUUUAAUUUUUUUUGCUAUAAAUUAUUAUUGCAAUGUAAAUUUUUGUGAGCAACUUUUUUCUUUUCUUUUCAAGUUAACAACGAUCUCAACAAAAUAAUCCAA